AUGGCACUGCGUGUGGGGACACCGGGAAGUCUCAUUGGACUCACAGGUUUCGUGGUGUUGGCAUUUGCCCCCGUCGCUGCUCACUGGCAGACGCUCUUCCGUAACGGCGGCCACCCGACAACGCGCACGCCAGAUGAUCAUAAGCAAAAGCCCUUGAGACAGAUCGCCGUCGCCAUCACCGUCGCCGUACCAGAACAAAAGCAAGAACACAAGGAGAUAUACGUACCAAGGCCCGAAAGCCUGAAGAUCCAGGAGGCCGAAGCCUGUGGAUGGGCGGUUUCGCACGCGCUCCAUACCCAGAGCCACAUGAUGGAGGAGAAAAAUCUCGAAGAGGAGAAAAAAUGA